AAAUAAGGAACCGCAAAAGGGAUCGUUAUCUAUACCGGUGAUAAAACUGUUAUGGGAAGGAUUGCUAAUUUAACCUCAGGAAUCAGUAUAGGAGAAACUCCCAUACACAAAGAAAUAAACCACUUUAUCCAUUUAAUAACAGGAGUCGCCGUGUUCCUGGGUGUCGCAUUUUUCGUCAUUGCUAUGAUAUUCGAUUAUACCUGGCUUGAAGCAGUUAUAUUCUUGAUUGGAAUUAUUGUUGCCAAUGUGCCGGAGGGCUUAUUGGCAACAGUCACAGUAUGCUUAACACUGACCGCCAAAAGAAUGGCCUCCAAGAAUUGCUUAGUUAAAAACCUAGAAGCAGUCGAGACAUUGGGAUCGACAUCUACCAUAUGUUCGGAUAAAACUGGAACUUUAACCCAAAAUAGAAUGACAGUUAGCCAUUUAUGGUUUGAUAAACAGAUAUGGGAAAGUGAUACAUCUGAAUUAUUAGCAGACUUUGAAAUCGAACAAACGCCAUCCUUCAUGUCGAUUAUGCGCAUAGCUAUAUUGUGCAAUAGGGCAUCAUUUAAACCAGGGCAGGACAGUAUUCCCAUAUUUCAUAGAGAUUGUAUCGGGGACGCCUCGGAAUGCGCUUUGCUGAAAUUCUCGGAAACGGCCAUAGGAAAAUGUGCGGAAUAUCAGAACAAGAAUAAGAAAAUUGUUGAAAUUCCGUUUAACUCAACGAAUAAAUAUCAGAUAUCUAUUCACGAGUGUCACGACGAUAGUAUCGACAAAUCCGAAUAUCUGCUAGUCAUGAAAGGAGCGCCAGAGAAAAUAUUAGACGCUUGCAAAACUUACCUGUCCAGAGAAGAUAAUAAUAAAAUGAGCGUUAAUUUGCCAAUUGACAAGGAAUUUCUAAACGAGUUCAAUUUGGCUUACGUUCAAUUAGGAAGUUUAGGUGAAAGGGUUUUAGGAUUUUGCGAUUGCUGGUUACCGAUCGAAACCUACUCCCAUGGCUAUUUUGAUCAAAAAGAUUUUGAGUUUCCUGCCAUAACUAAUUUUAGGUUUGUAGGUUUGAUAUCUAUGAUAGAUCCACCAAGAGCCGCCGUUCCAGAUGCGGUUAGUAAAUGCAGAAGUGCCGGUAUUAAAGUAAUAAUGGUUACUGGAGACCAUCCCAUUACCGCAAAAGCCAUAGCUAAAUCUGUUGGGAUAAUAUCUCCAGAGAAUGAAACAGUUGAAGAUAUAGCAGCCAGGCUAAAUAUUAAGCCCGAAGAAGUGGAUACUAAAGAUGUUACAGCAUGUGUCAUUCAUGGGACAACGCUCAAGGACAUGAAAGAAUCUGAAUUAGACGAAAUCCUUAGGAAACAUUCUGAAAUAGUAUUUGCGAGAACUUCCCCACAACAAAAGCUGAUAAUAGUGGAAGGUUGUCAACGCCAGGGAGCAAUUGUUGCAGUUACCGGAGACGGUGUCAAUGAUUCGCCUGCUCUUAAACAAGCCGAUAUUGGUGUUGCAAUGGGCAUCGCUGGUAGUGAUGUAAGCAAGCAAGCCGCCGAUAUGAUUUUACUGGAUGACAAUUUCGCUUCGAUAGUCACUGGGGUUGAAGAAGGUAGAUUAAUUUUCGAUAAUCUGAAAAAGUCCAUAGCAUAUACGUUGACUAGUAAUAUACCUGAGAUUAGCCCGUUUCUAAUAUUCAUAUUAGCAAAUAUACCUCUACCAUUAGGAACAGUUACAAUCCUGUGCAUUGAUUUAGGAACUGACAUGAUUCCGGCCAUAUCAUUGGCUUAUGAAAAGGCUGAAAGCGACAUUAUGAGAAGGAAACCCAGAAAUGCAUUAUACGAUAAAUUAGUUAACUCCAGGCUCAUUAACGUUGCAUACGGGCAAGUUGGAAUGAUACAAGCGGCGGCAGGAUUUUUUACUUAUUUUUUGAUAAUGGCCGAAAAUGGGUUCCUUCCCAAAAAACUAAUUGGCUUGAGGCUUAAAUGGGAUUCCGAAAGUGUUACCGAUUUGCAGGACUCCUACGGACAAGAAUGGACCUAUGAGAACCGAAAAAUAUUGGAAUACACAUGUCACACAGCCUUUUUCGUUUCGAUAGUCGUAGUUCAAUGGGCAGAUUUAAUUAUCUGUAAAACGAGAAAAAAUUCCAUCGUACACCAAGGAAUGACAAACUGGGUCUUAAAUUUUGCCUUAGUCUUCGAAACAGUUAUUGCUGCAAUACUGUGUUACACUCCAGGCUUAGAUAAGGGCCUACGCAUGUAUCCAUUAAAAUUUUAUUGGUGGUUACCAGCAAUACCUUUUAGUAUUUUGAUCUUUAUCUACGAUGAAUGCAGAAGAUACUUAAUAAGGCACAACCCAGGUGGAUGGGUAGAGAGAGAAACUUAUUAUUAAUUAUAAAAAAAUCAAACUGAAAUUUCACAUAUGAUAUUCUUAUUAGCUUUUAAUGUCAAUAUGUAUAUAAUAUACUUUUUUCACAUAAUGAUUGUUAUUUACAUUUUUGAAUCAGAGUUUAGCGUUAUAGAAUCAAUAUUUUAUUGAUAUAUUAAAUAU